CCCCGGAUCCGUACAGAGCGCUGAGUGUGAGCUGCAGCCAGACCUGGAGUUACUGACACUGAGCUGGGAACCAGCCUCUGCUUUGCUUAGCUCUCCUUUCCAGGUAGAACUGUGCGCUGACGAGAUAGGACCAGACUGUACUAGAAGUGAAUCCUGUUUAAGUACUGAGACACCGAGAAGACAGACACCUACCUAGCCCUGCAGUGCAUGUAUCUGACAGAAACACCUAACUACCUGCAGUGUGUAUGCUUCAGCCUGGUGCUUACCUCUACGAAUUCCUAAAAUCUGAUUGUUACUGGUAACUUCAUUGGAGGUUGGAAGUGCGUACACAGAGAAAGUUUGGUUGUUGGAUGGCUUCUGCACUCACCGUGAAGUCUGAGAGGCAAAUGCCAAUAGAGGAUGGGAUUUCACCUGCCAAAAAGCCAAGAAAACUCCUUCCCAGCCUAAAAACCAAGAAGCCUCAGGAGCUGGUCCUGGUGAUUGGGACAGGUAUCAGUGCUGCUGUUGCACCUCAGGUCCCGGCGCUGAAGUCCUGGAAAGGGUUAAUUCAGGCCCUUCUGGAUGCUGCUAAUGACUUUGACCUCCUGGAAGAGGAGGAAAGCAAAAAGUUCCAGAAAUGUCUUCAUGAGGAUAAGAAUCUGAUUCAUGUGGCUCAUGAUCUGAUCCAGAAACUUUCUCCACGCACAAGCAAUGUGCGUUCCACCUUUUUUAAGGACUGUUUGUAUGAGGUGUUUGACGACCUGGAGUCUAAGAUGGAGGACUCAGGGAAGCAGUUGCUGCAGUCGGUCUUACAGCUCAUGGAGCAUGGAGCUCUGGUCCUCACCACCAACUUUGACAACCUGCUGGAAAUCUAUGCCUUUCACCAGGGAAAACAGCUGGAGUCACUGGAUCUCACUGAUGAAAAGAAGGUAUUGGAGUGGGCCCAAGAAAAGAAGAAACUAAGCGUAUUGCACAUUCAUGGUGUUUACACAAAUCCCAGUGGGAUCGUCCUUCACCCAGCUGGGUACCAGAAUGUGCUGCGGAAUACUGAAGUCAUGAGAGAAAUCCAGAAGCUGUAUGAGACCAAGUCCUUCCUAUUUUUGGGAUGUGGCCGUACAGUGGACGACACAACGUUUCAGGCUCUCUUCCUCGAGGCCGUGAAGCACAAAUCGGACCUGGAGCAUUUCAUGUUGGUCCGCCGGGAGGAUGUAGAUGAAUUCAAGAAACUUCGGGAAAAUAUGCUGGACAAAGGCAUCAAAGUGAUUUCUUACGGCACGGAAUACUACGACCUUCCUGAGUACUUCGAGAGAUUAGCCAAUGAGAUCUCCAAUAAAGGGCGAAUUGGGAUUUCCAGAGAGAUACCUUUGAGAAAUGGCCCAAGUCUUGCAAAUUGUCAAAAUAAAGGUUCUGAGUACCCUUGCAUGGAUGGGUGCUUGGAGGAGAACUCACUAGUGGACUAUAAGUGGCCACUACAUUCAGAGGACAUUAGACAGGACAACGAAAGCUUCAUUCAGCAGCCACUCACCUCUGUAUCUUCACAGUCAUCCAGCAAGUCUAUGGAAAAUCAAACUAAAUUAUCCACUGAGCCACCGUGGUCUAAGCCAUGGCAGUCCACGUUGCCACCAGCCGUACAGCCUUCUAUGGAGGAGCACCAAGACACCAGUCAUGCAGAUGCCUCUACUUCCCCUGUUACUGCCCAGAUGUUUAAUGAACUCCUGGAAAGGUUCAGCAGUUUGCAAGACGUUCUGAGAAAGAGUGUAAUACGCAGAGUGAAUGUUCUGCAUCUCAACUUCUGCCGACUCAUUACAGACGUUAAUAAAAACUAUGUCUUAUUUAACAAAUUGGUCAAGGUGGAAACAGAAAGGAAUCAAUUACUUUUCAAGAUGAAUACCAACCUCCGCAAACUAGCUGCCAGUGUCCAGGUUUCAGUAAUUCAGCAGGAAGCCAGCCACAGUCAGCUUCUGGCCUAUCUGGAGACACAAAGGGCAGCGGCUAAUUCUCCAUUAGCUCCAUCGGUAGCUCCUACCCUCACGCAAGCUCCUUUAAAUAAUCACACCAUACAUACCAGAAGAGGCCGACGUUCAUCUUUAAUUCCAUGCUCAGAGUCCUCCCCACGUCCCGCGAAGCGGCAGAUGACAGCACUUGAAAUGUUCGAGGGGUACUGAAAACGCAGGAAAAGGGUGCCCUUUGCGGCAGCGAAAGACUUGAAUGUGGUUACAAAAGCCGAGAGAGCCUGGGAUUAUGGCUCGAGCACCUUGUUUAACAGAAUCUGCAUUUCCUGUCCAAUAUCCAUAGCCCCGGAUGUCAAUAACUGGCGUAAAACUGCACCUAACAUUCAAUACAUUAGUUCAUUAACACAACAUCUUUCCUGAUAUUUUGGAUGUGAAACGUAACCUUCAUUUUUCAAGCUAGAGGAUGAUGAACUAGCAAGUCAUGUGCUUAGACAUUAAAUCUACUUCAUUACAAGCGAGCAGAGGAGUGCGUACGCCCCUGUUAAUGGAGACUCACUGAAAGGACUCCCAGGUUUGGUAAUUUGAUUCAUAUCUGCUCCUAUGCAGAAUACUGGAUUUAGGGAAGAAUCCCAUGGCAGCAGAAACCCUGACCAGCUCCAUCCAUAAACUGGGAUAAUUUCCAGGUGUUUACUGCAGUCACAUGGUCUACCUGCAGAAUAUUCUGACUGAGCAGAUCUGCCUUUAUCCAUUAUGUGACAGCAAUCCAUGUACAGAUAUUGAACUCUCAUCAUGCAC